AUGGGCAAUAGCCAGGGCAAGCCCAUCGACUUGGAUGGUGAAGUCAACCUCAACCAUUUCCGCCUGCUACGAGUUGUUGGCAGAGGUGCCUUUGGAAAGGUGCGGAUCGUCGAAAGAAAAGACACAAAUCUCUCCUUCGCCCUCAAGUACAUCCGGAAAGAUGAAGUUGUACGAUCCGAGAGUGUGCGGAACAUCAUACGAGAGCGUCGAAUGCUCGAGCACGUGAACCAUCCUUUUAUCUGCAACUUGCGAUACAGUUUCCAAGAUAUCGAAUACAUGUACCUAGUUGUCGAUUUGAUGAGCGGCGGUGACCUACGAUUCCAUAUUUCGAGAAAGACCUUUACCGAGGACGCAGUGCGCUUUUGGAUUGCCGAACUGGGAUGCGCUCUUCGUUACAUUCACAGUCAAAACAUCAUCCAUCGCGACGUGAAACCCGACAAUGUUCUCCUCGACGCCGACGGCCAUGUGCAUUUGACCGACUUUAAUGUCGCCUCCGAUAUCAUUCCUGGAAAGGUUUUGUCGAGCAAGUCGGGCACGCUGGCAUACCUCGCCCCCGAAGUGUAUGCCGGCAAGGGCUACGACGUGCGUGCAGACUGGUGGUCACUGGGCGUCCUCUUCUAUGAAUGCAUAUAUAACAAGAGGCCGUUUGACGGCAAUUCGGAAAACACCUUGAGCCAACAAAUCCAGCUCGCCAAUCCCAAAUACCCCAUCACUUCACCGCCCGUUAGCUUACCCUGUUUAUACGCCAUCCGAGAUGCCUUGGACGUCAACCGCGACAAGCGAAUGGGCUCCACGUGGGAGAGUUUUACCAAGCACGAAUUCUUCAUGAUGAUCGACUUCGAGGCGCUCGAGCGGAAAGAAAUCGAGCCUGUCUUCGUUCCGGCUGCCGACAAGACCAACUUCGAUGCCACGUACGACCUCGAGGAGUUGUUGUUGGAGGAGGCUCCCCUCGAAGCGAGAGCCAGACGACAAAAGCCCCGUGAGCGGCUAAAAGAGGACGCAUCUGACAAGGAAAUCAGAGAGGAUGAACUGUACCGCAUGAUUGAAAAUGAGUUUCGUCCAUUCGACUACACGUUGGCUGCAUACAAGAAAAUCACUGGCCAAGUCGACGAAAGUGGAUACGUCAAUGGCGACAUGGUGAUGAUGAACCAGCCGCAGGCUUUGACGACUGAUGAGGCCACGCCUGUGGUAAUGGCUACGAAUGGGGGGUCGUCCAAAGCCGCGCAGCCUCUAGGCCCGUUACGAAAAAGCUCAAGCUUGGAAAAGGCGCCGGGGAGCGGUCAAGCCGGCGUGCCUCGUCGACCAAUCUCCAAACCACCCCCGAUACCACACUACCCCAGCCAGUAUUCCAAUCAGAGGUCGGUGCCGCCGGGAGCAGGACAGAGGGUCACUAGCCCGACUGGCGGCAUGCAGGUCACACUGGAUGGUGGCGGCAGCUGGUCUGACCUCGCCCGGCAGGACGCCACGCUACCAACGGACGCCAAUGCUAUUAGCGAAGGCAAAUCCGAAAGCUCUGGCGGCGUGUUCGGCUUCCUCAGAGGAAAGAAGGGGAGAGGGCAUAGCCCGAAGCCGAAGGAAAGAGGAGUAUUGGGUAAAGAAGGCGCAAGGCAAGUCAUUGGCUAG